AUGGUUCUUAAUGCCAUCAGCUUAAAAACGGCUAGCGGUGCAUUGCAGGGCAUAAUCGCUACAAUACCCGGGCCUCAGGAUUAUCUUUUAAUCGUGCUCGGUGCAGCAUCCUUAUUGGCAGCAUCACUUUUGUUGUGUUUACAUUUGCAUGUAUUCUUUCGCCUUAUCGAUAAUCGCCCCUUUGCACCCUCGAAAGCCAUCCUUGCUAUGCAAAUGACUGCAGGUGUCAUGUUGGUUGCCCUUUGGGCAUCAGCGACAUCCAUUGUCAUGACAAGCUACAAUGUUUCAUCGGCUUGUCGCAUCACUGGUUCUGAAUUUGUAAAGACGUAUGGGCAAGCGUGUGAUCUAAUUAAUCUAGCAAUCAUUCUUGCCUUUGUUGCCAUGGCUUUUUGGGUAUUUGUAAUCCUUGCUACGUUAUGCAUGUUGAUCCAGUCAUCGUUACGUGCAUCCGCUACUGUAUUUACGGUGGAGAACCUUGAUUACAAUGCAAAACAAUCGCCAAGCACCAUUGGAUUAAGGGCCGACAAAUCAUCCUGGACCAUGCAAUCAUUGGCAUCAUAUAACGAUCGAUCUAUUGUCGCCUAUCCAUCGGCUGCAAAGACCAGCAACACAUACACCAUUCAUCCUGAUAUUGAAUCCUUGCAGCAACAACACGAUGAAAAAGCACGUCAUGUAACCAAGAGUUGGUGUUCAGAGUAUUCGACGCACACAGCUACUGGACAACACGAUGAAAGACCUAGCUUUUCAUCUUCCUUUGAGCCCGUUGCAUUGGAUGAUCUUCCACGUAUUCAAGAGGGCAUGUCCCAACUUGAUCUUGCUUUCCUUUCACAAUCAUACGACGACAAGAAGACCGAUACACGGCUUCAUCAUUAA